UCGUCGCACAGAGCGCUUGUGCCAUGUCUGGUCGCGGCAAGGGCGGGAAGGGGCUGGGCAAGGGCGGCGCCAAGCGCCACCGCAAGGUGCUGCGCGACAACAUCCAGGGCAUCACCAAGCCCGCCAUCCGGCGGCUGGCCCGGCGCGGCGGCGUCAAGCGCAUCUCGGGCCUCAUCUACGAGGAGACCCGCGGGGUGCUCAAGGUGUUCCUGGAGAACGUGAUCCGGGACGCCGUCACCUACACGGAGCACGCCAAGCGCAAGACGGUCACGGCCAUGGACGUGGUCUACGCGCUCAAGCGCCAGGGCCGCACCCUCUACGGCUUCGGGGGUUAAGAAUUUCAUCCUUUACUUACUACUCAAAGGCCCUUUUUAGGGCCGCCCACAUUUUCUUAAACCGGGCUGUACGCGUAUUGUUUCGGGGCUUUUGUUGGGAGCCAAGUGUUAAUUUUUCCGAUUACUGGUUAAGAGCUUCUAAGUACAAGUCUGAGCGCGACGGGCCGCUGGGUGCCCGCCCAACCAAUCCGGUAGCCACCUAGUGCGUGGCCGGGUUUCGCGCCAGUCGGGACCGGCCCUGGCUUGGGGCGGCCAAUGGGGAGCCGGCUAGAGGCGCCUGGGCCGGGCGGGAAACGGCCGGACCGGAGCCGCCCACUUACUCCGGGAAGCGGUCACGCCUGCCCUUGUCCGGAAGGAACAGAACCACAACCCGUGCUGUGGCAGGAGGUGGUAUUCCAGUCGCCCCUGAGCUCCUUAGUCUGGGGACGUUCGGUAAAUGCAAGGUUGCGGGAGGAUGCCCGUCCCACCUCACAGGAAGUUCACAUGAGGAUCCAUUGGUUGCCAGAGAGAAGCUACGUGUUUGUUCCCAGCGUGUUUGCCACCCAGCGACGUCAGGACAGGAGCAGUCCUUGGCCGCCACCGCUCCGCUUGGAGUCCGCCUGUGAGGCCAAGUGUCCUCCCCGCUCUGCAGCCGGUAGCCUUAGAUUUUGAGGUAUCCCGGCAUUUUUAGUCUCCGGCCCCGGGCACCCACAAGUCCUUGGCUAAGCAGGAUCUGGGAGUUCCCACUUAGGAGAUCCGGUCUCCCGACUGCUCGAGUUCCUAAGGCCUCUGGUAGGUGGCAACACGAGGGCUCCAGGGAAGGGCUCCCUCUGGGACUGGCUCAGACUGUCCUGCACCUUCCCCUUCGACCCUUUGCCAGGUCUUCUCUCUCUUCUGCCUCCUGUAAUAGUUUUUAAUGAACCCCUCAGACAUCGUCAAAAAGUGUUUUGAAGUAUGCCCUCAAAUUGAUAAACCAGACAACUGAAUAGUCAGCAUCUUUGAUUUAAUGCAUCAGAAAUAUAUUGAUGGCUGCUAUGGAAAUAAGGUAGUCCGCUAACCCUUACCUCUGGCAGGAAGAUACUGAGUAGGCUGUUGGAAAAGAUUCUUGAGGUCGGGUUUAGAGAAAAAUGUGGAAAUUGCCAACAUAUAAAUAGUAAGACUGGAUAAGGUCAAUAAGAAUUUAAACACUUUUUAUUGCAGUAUAUCGUAAUAGUAAAUGAGUAGAAAUGUCAAUUGUCAGUGGAAGGAAGCUGGGUAAGUAUUACCUAUAUCCAGGCAAUGGUGUCUUAGCUCAGGCUGCUAUAACAAACAUGCCAUAGACUGGCGUUAAGUAACAAACUGCUUUCUCAACCGUUCUGGAUGCUGGAAGUCCAAGAUCAAGGUGCCGGCAGGACGGACAGGACACUUUCAGACAAGAUUUGUGGUCUGGUGAGAACCCAGUUCCUGUUUCAUAGACUUGUCCUGCCGUGCUCUCACAUGGCAGAGGGAAAAGAGCACAUGGCAGAGGGAAAGGCCAGAGAGCUUGCUGAAGUGUUAUUUAUAAAGGGCAGAAAUUCCAUUCCUGAAUGUUGCAUGCUCAUGAUCUAAUCACUACCCAAGGGCCCAACCUCUUCCCCACCCCUUUUUUUUGGAAAGAUUUUGCUUAUUCAUGGGAGACUGAGGCAGAGACCUAGAGGGAGCAGCAGGCUCCCUGCUGGGAGCCUGAUGAGGGACUCAAUCCCAGGACCCGGGGAUCACAACCUGAGCAAAGGGAGACGCUCAACCACUGAGCCACCCAGGUGCCCCAGGGCUCAACCUCCUGAUACCAUCAUACGGGGUAUCAAAAUGUCAACAUGGAUUUAUGAGGGAUAUGCACAGUCCCUAACAAAUUGAAUGCUAUACAGCCCUACUUUUAGUAGGGAAUAGAGAAACUAUUCCAGUAUGUGCUCUAGAGUACCUAUGGCUCAUUUCUUGGGCCCCUUCUCUUUUCUUGGUCUCACUAUUGAUGUGUCCUAUGUUCUGUGAAAUAGUUCACACUCCACAGGAAAACUCUACGGCCUAGCUCUAAGUGUCAGGUCUGCUGGUGGUGACACUAAAGCCUAUGAUGUGUCUGCUUCUGUAUAUUUCUCAAACUCCAAUGGCUGUUUUUAGGAGGGAGGCUUUAAUCACCUCUCAACUUUUAUCAGUUUCCUUACAUCCACUUCUAGCUUCAUAAUGAAGCUUGCCACGUGUCCACCUGCAUAUUUGACAUAUCUACUUGAAUAUCUAACGGACAUCUCAAACUUGCCUUGUCCAAAUUAAGUAUCUUAACACCUAAACAUGAAAUCUGUUCUUCCUCCAGUAUUCUGCACCUCAAUAAAUGGAACUCCAUUCUUCCAGGGGCUUAGGUGAGAAACCUUGAAGUUCUGUUUGAGCUUUUUCUCUUAUAACUUUAGUCCAAUCCAGUCAGCUCCAUGUUACAAAUGAAUCAGAGCACCUUUCAAAUACAUCUUAUGCUGCUACUCCUGGACAAGCCACAAAAACCUUUUGUCCAGACGACCAUGACUCCUAACUAGUCUUUCUAUUUCCACUUUAUAGCCAGUUUUUUCCUCAACCCAGCAAUAGGAGUGAUUAUUUCAAAAGAUGUCAUGUCCACCCUCAGAACAUUCCAGUGGUUUUCCAUCUUCAUAAUAAAAACCAGUGUCUUUAUCCCAGUCUACAAGGAAGGUAGCCAGUAAUUCCAUUUUGCCCGAGUUUGAGGGGUUUCUGGGGAUGUGAGACUUUCAGUGCUAAAACUUAGAAAGUCCCAGGCAAACAGGAGGCUGGCUAAAGCCUAAUGGCUUUACAUGAUCUGGGCUCUGGCCACCCUCUGAUCUCAUUUGCUAUUGCAUUUCUUUGUCUUCACUGACCUUUUUGCUAUUCGUGGAACAGACCAAGCAUGUUCCAGUCUCAGAGCCUUUGUACUUACUUUUCUGUCUUCAUAGAAGUCACUUAUCCUGGUAUAGGGGAGAAGGAUUUGACUUCUAUCCUCUUGGUUUUUGGUGGGCUUAAGAAUUAAAUUGACAUAAAACAGGUUAACAGGAGAAAAACAUACGAUUCAUUUAUAUAGUCACAUAUAUAGUCAUUGGAUACACCAAUGUGUUUUCCAUGACAAAGGCGCCCUUGUAAGGAAAAGGCCCAAAGAAGUAGUUAAGGCUUGAACAGUUAUAUACUGAGUUGGAUGAAGAGUAGUUAACUGUGAAAACAUGACAAGGCAAGGGGGCUUGGACUAGGGUAUUGAAUUGUGGCAAAGUAACAGGAAGAUAAGUGUUAGUUUACAAGGUUUGUUUGUACUGAUUUCUCCUGGCACCAACUCCUCAUUCAAGGUUAAAAAAAAAAAAUGUUACUUUCCUUCUCAUAUAAAGAUGACAUCUUCCAUAUGGGGAAUUAUUCUACUGCUUUCAGGAAGAAAAAGGAGAGGUCAGAGUCCCUUCUGGUACCUGUUGUUUUUCAAGGGCCUUUAAUCUUUAUGUCAGUUUUCUUUGUGGCAUAUUCUGCCACCUGCCACUGGAGGGCUGCAGACUUCAUUUCAUUCAGACCUCUGCUCAAACACUCUCUUAUGAAAGAGAACUUUCCUGACCAUCCUGUGUAAAAUAAUAGCCCUUCCUGCUCAUUCUUUAAAAUAGCCUAUGCAUCCCCCCCCCCCAUAUCGAUAUGUUUGUUUGUUGUUCUGUCUCCCCCAACUGGAAUAUAAUUGAUUCUUUGAGAGCAGGGCCUUUGUUUUGUCCCUGAAGUGUUCCUAGCACCCAGAAUAGCACUGACAGCUAAUAGGUUAUCUAUGAAGGUUUAUUGUGUGGGGGAAAAGAGAAAUAAAUAGUUUUCCUUCUACUCUUUUAAAAUCUUGACUGAGACUUCCCUAUAAUAAAAAGACAGAUUAACAGGAGAAAACCAAAUUUAACUAUGUGUGUAUUACAGGAACCCCACAAAGAUAGGAGGUUCAAAAAAGUGAGCAUAAAAGGAAGCUUUUAUAUCUGUUAGGCAAAGAAAGAAUACAUUUCUAAAGAAUGAAAAGACAAAGAGCUUGGGCUAGAAGUAGUAAAUGGUAAAGAAGUAAUAAGGUUUGUUCAUAUACCUUCUCAGCCCUGAAUUUCUCAUCUCUGGUGAUAAGGAUGUUUCUCUUCCUCCUGGUGAAGGAGGCUAUCUUUCACAUAAAAGAUUUAUCUUCUGCU